AUUCAAUUGACAAUGGAGACUCCUGACUUUGAGAUUGCUUCUCCCCCCACCGAUGGCAUCUCUGCUCUCGCGUUUUCUUCGCAAGCCGAUUAUUUAGCAGCAUCUUCAUGGGACAAUCAGGUCAGGAUAUACGAAAUUCAACCCAGUGGAAAUACAGCGCCUGUUGCAUCUUAUGCUCAUGAGGCUCCUUCAUUAUGUGUUACCUGGAGUAAGGAUGGUACAAAAAUACUUUCGGGUGGAGCAGACAAGGCGGCUCGCAUGUACGAUGUUACUACAGGACAAUCAACCCAAGUAGCUGAACAUGCUGAUGCAGUCAAGUGUGUCAAGUUCCUCGACCAAGGACAACAGAUCUUAGCUACUGGUAGUUGGGACAGAACCAUUAAAUACUGGGAUCUGCGUUCACCACAACCUAUUGGCUCUGUUCAAUUACCAGAGCGUUGUUACUCAAUGGACUCUGUCGGUAACCUUCUUGUGGCUGCUACUGCGGAACGACACAUUUUGUUAUUCGAUCUGAGCAACCCUACCACAAUUUUCAAGCAAACCAUCUCGCCUCUCAAAUGGCAAACUCGUACAGUGGCCUGUUUUAUAGAUGGCAAGGGUUAUGCAGUUGGUAGUAUCGAAGGCCGCGUGGGCAUUCAAUACAUCGAUGAAAAAGAGCAGAGCAAGAGCUUUUCGUUCAAGUGUCAUCGAGACGACCAAAAAAACGUGUAUUCAGUAAACGCUAUCUCAUUCCACCCUACUUAUGGUACAUUUUCUACGGCUGGUGCCGAUGGCACCAUCAACUUUUGGGACAAGGACUCGAAGCAGAAGCUCAAAUUGCUUCCUAAUGUCAAUGGUACUGUUGCUUGCACAGCAUUUAACCGAACCGGAAACAUAUUUGCAUAUGCUGUCAGUUAUGACUGGACAAAGGGAUACAAGUUCGCAGGACAAAACCCAACCAAUAAAAUAAUGCUUCACGCAGUCAGAGACGAGGAAGUCAAGCCGCGUCCGUCUACAAGACGAUAACUUUUAACAAACAAACAAACAAACAAACAAACAAGCAAACAAACCAACUCCAAAUUCGUCGUUUUUUUUUAUCCCUUUUCCUUCUACUCAAACUUCACACUUCGUACUUUACACUUCUUUAUCUCUCUCUAGCCGCCUCUAUCCAUCUCUUUCUCAUCCUCUUCUUAUCUCUUUUGAAAAAAAAGGUUUGCCGAUCAAUGGGACCUUUUCUUGAUUUUAUUUUUAUUCUAAAGAGAUAUUAAAGAAUAAAAAAAAAGACAAAAAAAUAGGAAAGCGUACCAAAAGAACG